AUGCACAGGCAUCCUGUCAUUCAGUGCAACAAAAUGCUGCAAUUCUCAGUUUUGGUUUUGUCUUUUAUUAUUACCUUUACGGCAACUAUUGAAGAUGCAGCUGCAGUAUCGAAACAGAUAUUCGCUCCAUCAAAAUUAUUUGAUUUAGAUAAUGUUCUAAAAGAUUUUAAUUUGACAGCGUUAUCGGAAGCAAUUGGAGCGUUUCACCCGCAUGCGCAUCUAAAUGUUGAAGAAGUUGUUCGACUUUACAAUUAUGACAUUGAAAUACACACAGUUCAGACUAGUGAUGAAUAUAUUCUUGAACUGCAUAGAAUAAAUGGUAAUAAAGAUAAGCCAAAAGCUGAUGGGAAACCCGUAGUAUUUCUUCAGCACGGUUUAUUAGCAAGUUCUAUGGAUUGGGUGAUAGCUGGUCCUGAAAGAGGUCUUGGAUUUCUGCUUUCGGAUGCUGGUUAUGAUGUAUGGAUGGGAAAUGUAAGAGGAAGCAGAUAUUCACGUCAACACAAACAUUUGACUGUUAAGGAUCCAAACUACUGGGCUUUUAGUUGGCACGAAAUUGGAUUGCGCGAUCUUCCUGCUAUGAUCGAUCAUGUUUUAAAAACAACGGGACGGCACAAACUCUUUUAUGUUGGUCACAGCCAAGGAAGUACAAUAUUUUACGUAAUGGCAAGUGAGCUUCCAGAAUAUAAUGAUAAAAUCAAUGUCAUGUUUUCGUUGGCUCCAGUUGCUUAUUGUUCGAGAAUGUUUAGUCCGAUUUUCCAAGCUCUUUCGAGAUUUACAACACCUUUAAAUCUUAUCACAGACUUGAUUGGUGUGUAUGAAUUUAAACCCAGCGAUCAAUUUUACAAGAAUUUUACGACUACAUACUGUGAAAAGCAUGCUGUAACACAGCCACUUUGCAAGAACGUUGUUUUUAUGAUUACCGGAUAUAAUGAGGAUCAAUUGGAUACCGAACUUCUCCCAGCGAUUUUGGCUCAUAUUCCCGCUGGAGCCAGUGUGAAUCAAUUUGUCCAUUACGCCCAGAUAAUCAAAUCAGGACAUUUUCGGCAAUUUGAUUAUGGUCUUAAAGGUAAUCUAGCUCGAUAUCACAAAUUAGUCCCUCCUUCGUACAACUUGAAAAAUGUAAAAGCACCUGUCUCGCUACAUUAUAGUACUAAUGAUUGGCUUUCGGACGCAAUGUGCAAAUUUUUUCGUAAGGAUGUGGAAAAAUUGCACUCCAAGCUUCCGAAUCCAAUUGGAAAAUUCCGCGUUGUUCACGAAAAAUUUAAUCAUCUUGACUACCUAUACGCAAAGGAUAUCAAAAUGCUUCUUUAUGAUAAAAUCAUGAGUAUAAUGACACGUUAUAUGGAUUAAUGUUAU